AUGUCUACACCGCCCGUCGCCUUCAACCGCCUGAAGCAGAUUGCCACCGAUGUGUGCAAUAGCUCUAUUGGCAACGCCGAGUUUUACGAUCACUCCAAGACGGAGCAAUGGAACUCGAACAUAAUUAACUCGAUGCUCAAGGCUGUCAUCUCGGAAUCGACCCCCCAGGGUGCCGGCGCCCCCUCGUUUAAGUUUGCCUGCAACAGCACCAUUGUGCAGCACCUGGUGCCGACAUCGUCGCUCAGCAAAGCGCGGACAGGCGCGGACAGCAAGGACGCGCAGCAGCCGCACAUUUCGACAAGCAGCGAGGCCCCGGCAGCGGCGACGGCGACGGACGGCAAGCCGCACGUAGGCCGCCGCGGAAUGCACAGCGCAACAGGCGCGUACUGGGACGAGAAGAAGGACGGCAUGUGGACAUUCAAGUACGACGGCGGUGAGAGCAAGGGCAUGGAUGUGGUAAUUAUGCUCAUCUGGGUUGCGAUCUAA